GACUUUAGAGGAAGAGAAAAGUAAAAACCACCAAUGGUCCUGAUUCUAAUGCAUUUUUUCUGCAUUUUGUACUUGAAAAUAUUUGAUUUCAUUAUAUAUUAUUAGUAUGUUUUACACACUAUAUAACUUACUAACAUGCAUGAUCAAUUAUUUCAUUCACUUCCAAAUUUGCUCAAAAGGUUUCAAAGAAAAUAAUAUCAUCAAUCAAGAAUGGAGAUUAACAUUCAAGAAAAUGGUGGAAAGGGAGGAAGAGGAAGAAGAGGAGGAGGAGCUGUUGGUCGAGGCCGGCCGAGGCUUACCGGAUUACGAGGAAACUCUCCACCACCUUUUCUAGUGAAGACAUAUGAAAUGGUGGAUGAUCCUGAAACUGAUCCUUUGGUACAUUGGACUUCUAGCAAAACUACUUUUCUUAUCACUGAUCCUAACAAGUUUUGUGUUGAAGUUCUUCCAAAGUACUUCAAACAUAGCAAUUUAUCUAGCUUCAUUUACCAGCUCAAUAACUAUCGCUUUAGGAAGGUCUGUUCUUACAAAUGUGAGUAUGGAAAUCCAUGGUUUCGGGCUGGGAAGAAGCACUGGCUGAAAAAUAUCAAAAGUAGGAUUCAACUAUCCAAGGAGAACAACACACAGCAAGGUUCGCAUAGUCCUCGUGUUGAUCUGGUGAGCAAUAAUCUGGAAGAAGAGCUGGAGAAGUUGAGGAAUGAUCACAUUAGUCUGAGGGUAGAACUUCAGAAGUUGAAAGAUGGACAAGAAAACAUGAGAUCUUUCUUUCCUAUGUUGCCAGGAUGCGGUAAGGAAAAAGAAAUUAGGAAUAUUAUGAAGUUACUUCUUGAGAAAUCUGAAGUCAGAGGAGACUCUAGCAGCGAUGACACCACAAAGAGGACACGAUUGGUGGAGUCACCAGAUCGUGUGGCUGGCUCUGUCCAGGAUGGGAUUGGACAGACAUCAAACUCUGCUGGUGGCUCCGUAAGUUCCAAUGAAAAACAGAAAGAAGAAGCAACUGCUCGAAAUGCUAAGAAUCGUGAGUUUUGGGAGAAACUGUUUGAAGAUGAGUCAGAGUCGAAAAAUGAAGGAGCAGAGGAGUCUGAGCAGGAACUGAAUCGUUUGAAGGCUAUGGCAAAGAUUGAGGAGAUGGUAGAAAGCAAGAUUGCUAUGGAAGGAGAAUCUUUGAUUGCAAAGGCUGCUGCUAGUUUAAAUGAUGAGACGGAGGCUUAUCUUCAACUAUGGACCUAGAUGGAGAAGAGAAAUGCUGAUGUAGUACAGCUGAUGUGAAGGUCCUGUAUUCAAAUGGACUGUUCUUAUAAUCGUUCCAGCAACUAUUAAUGUCUUUUCUGUUUGCAUAAUCUCACCUAGACACUAUACUGGAUGUAGGAAGUUAACUUUUUAGUGCUUCAUAAUUGUAACUAAUUAGAGUAUCAAAACAUCCAUUGAGUAGCCUGUCUCUAAAAACUCUCACUGAGUGAUGACAUCUGAAGCUGCUUACUUUGACGCCUACAGUUCUGUUAUAUAUAGACAACAAUUGAACUUAA